AUGUCCUUCAAUACUCCUUCAAACCUGGUCCAGGAAUACGCUAACGGCCACGCCAACGGCAUAAAUGGCAGGCCAAAGACUGACUUUGCUCUCAAGGCUGGUCUCGCUCAAAUGCUAAAGGGCGGAGUCAUUAUGGAUGUCACCAAUGCUCAACAAGCAAAGAUUGCCGAAGAGGCUGGUGCUUGCGCUGUCAUGGCUCUUGAACGUAUCCCUGCCGAUAUCAGGAAAGAAGGCGGUGUCGCUCGAAUGUCUGACCCUCAACUAAUCAAAGAAAUCAAACGAUCCGUCACAAUCCCCGUAAUGGCCAAGGUCCGAAUAGGCCAUUUCGUAGAAGCCCAAAUCCUAGAACAUUUGGGUGUAGACUAUAUUGACGAAUCCGAAGUAUUGACUCCCGCUGACGACAUACAUCACAUUGAUAAGUCACAAUACAAGGUACCCUUUGUAUGUGGGUGUCGUGGCCUAGGUGAAGCCUUGAGAAGAAUCAAUGAAGGUGCUGCCAUGAUUCGAACAAAGGGUGAAGCUGGUACUGGUGAUGUAGUGGAAGCUGUACGACAUGCUAGAACUCUGUUUGGGGAAAUUCGUAAAGCUCAAGCUUGCAGUCCUGAAGAAUUAUAUACGUAUGCUAAGGAAUUGGGUGCUCCAUAUGAUGUGCUCAAGGAAACUGUACGAUUGGGUAGAUUGCCGGUUGUCAACUUUGCUGCUGGUGGUAUCGCCACUCCAGCUGACGCUGCAUUAAUGAUGCAGUUAGGUGUCGAUGGUGUCUUUGUUGGAUCAGGUAUCUUCAAAUCUGGAGAUCCAAGCAAACGUGCUAGAGCCAUCGUACAAGCUACUACUCACUUCAAAGAUGCUAAAGUGUUGGCUGAAGUAUCAGAGGAUCUGGGAGAAGCUAUGGUUGGUAUCAACUAUGACAAACUACCGGAAGCUGAAAGGCUGGCUCAACGUGGAUGGUAA